AUGUCGUGGACAUCCAAGCAACUCCUCUUUCUGCUUGCAGGUUUCACUCUUAAUCUGAUGCUGCUUGUUCAUUCCCGAGAUGAUCAAUCAGGGUUCAUUAGCAUAGAUUGCGGCCUCCCGACAGAUUCAGGUUAUUCUGAACCGGACACUGGCAUUAACUACAUUUCCGAUGCAACCUUCAUAGACACUGGUGAAAGUAAAUCCCUACCUAACAUGAAUAACUAUCAAUACCCAUGCGGGUCUGUUAGGAGCUUCCCCGAAGGAGCCAGGAAUUGCUACAAGAUAAAUGUUACACGCGGCAACAAAUAUUUGAUCCGAGCAAAUUUUUUAUAUGGGAAUUAUGAUGGCCAAGAUAAGAAACAAGAAUUUGAACUGCACCUUGGACCUAAUUUGUGGGAUACGGUUAGGUUUGAAAAUGCCUCCGAUGCAGACAUGGACAAAGAGCUCAUAUAUGUCCCACUCCGAAACUAUAUACAUGUUUGUUUAGUGAACACAGGCUCCGGGGUUCCAUUUAUAUCUGCUCUAGAACUCAGGCCUUUACCCAAUGCAUCUUAUCAAACGAAAACGGGGUCGUUGGCACUUGUCUCCCGGUAUGACACGGGCCGAAGACAUAAUUGGACAGAAUACAGAACGUUGGCUUUAAUUAGGUAUCCACGGGAUAUCCUUGAUCGAAUCUGGUGUGCCUAUAAUGACUUUGAUGAUUGGACACAAUUAAACACCACAUCCACGAUCAACUCUGACUCUGGCGACCCUUACCAACUUCCAUCUGUUGUUAUGCACACUGCUUCCACGCCAAAAAAUCCAUGUGAUUCCUUGAGUAUUAUUUUCUUGUUGCCAGACAAAGAUGCUGAAUAUUACGGUUACCUGCACUUUGCAGAAGUUGAAAGCCUCCAACUCAACCAAUCUAGAUUGCAAUACGUUUUUUGGGACGGAGCCGGCACUUUUGGGCCAUUUGCUCCUCAAUACUUAAGAAAUACCAUUUACAGCACUAACGCUUGGAGCAAUGGUAGACAAUAUGCUAAUAUCUCAAUCACCAGGGCCAAGAACUCUACCCUUCCACCUAUCCUCAAUGCUUUCGAGAUUUAUAUGGUUAAACAUUUCGUAGAAGCAGAAACAAACCAAGAAGAUGUUGACGCAAUCGCAUCGAUCAAGUCAACUUAUAAUAUUAAAAGAAAUUGGCAAGGAGAUCCAUGUGCCCCUCAAGAUUACGUUUGGCAAGGAGUAAAGUGUAACCAUCAAGAAUUUGAGUCACCAAGAAUCAUAUCCUUGAACUUGUCCUCGAGUGGCUUAACAGGGGAGAUAGCUGCUUCUAUAUCCAAUCUCACAAUGAUACAGUCUUUGGAUCUAUCAAACAACAACUUAACAGGACCAAUUCCAGAAUUUUUGUCUAAAUUCCAGAAUUUGACUGUCCUAAACUUGGAGAAAAACAAGUUCACAGGCUCGGUUCCGGUAGGACUGAUUGAAAGAAAGAAUAAUGUGGGGUGGGGUUUGGAUCGGGGUGGCUUCAAUGGUGGUUGGAAGGGGUGGGUUGCUGAUGGCGGCGCUAGUUUCCAACCAUUUGAUCUCAGUUUGUGCGACAAUCCACAUCUAUCUCGGCAUGGUUCUUGCAAAUUAAAGAAGAAGCACAAUUUCAUUAUUCCCAUAGUAGUGCCAACCGCUGCAAUUUCCAUCCUCUUGUUAGUUGCAGUAGCUAUCUGGUGGUGGAGCCUCAAAAGGAAUAGGCAAGAGGGAGAUGUCAUAGAUGCAAAAGCAAGCCCUCAAUACGGGUCAUUAGAAUCAACAAAGCGACAGUUUACAUAUUCUGAGAUACUAAAGAUGACCAACAACUUUGAGAGGGUUCUUGGCAAAGGUGGAUUUGGAACCGUUUAUCAUGGCUACAUGGAACAUACUCAAGUGGCUAUAAAGAUGCUUUCAGCAUCAUCUGUUCAAGGGUUCCAACAAUUUCAUGCAGAGGCAUGCCUUGUUGGAUAUUGCAACGAUGAGACCAACGUAGGGCUUGUCUAUGAGUAUAUGGCCAAUGGAAACUUAUUGAACCAUCUUUCAGAUAGGAGAUCAAGUAUCUUGACUUGGGAAGAUAGACUUCGAAUAGCAACAGAUGCUGCACAAGGAUUGGAGUAUCUUCAUUGUGGUUGUAAGCCGCCUAUAAUGCACAGAGAUGUGAAAUCAACAAACAUCUUACUGAAUGAAAAUUUCCAAGCCAAAAUAUCUGAUUUUGGCCUGUCUAGAAAUUUCCCUACUAAUGAUGGAACUCAUGCAUCCAGCCUUCUUGCAGGCACUCCUGGCUACCUUGAUCCUGAGUUCUACCUAUCAAACAGGUUAAAUGAGAAAAGUGACGUUUAUAGCUUUGGGGUUGUGUUGUUGGAGAUUAUCACAAGCAGACCGGUUUUAACGAGGACGCAUGAGAGAAUUCACAUAAGUCAAUGGGUUGGUCUCAUGCUUGCAAAUGGAGACAUUAAAAGCAUCGUCGAUCCUAGGUUAGAGGGAAAUUUCAAUACCAACUCCGUCUGGAAAGCUGUGGAAAUAGCAAUGGCAUGUGUAUCCAUAAAUGCCAUCAAGAGGCCAAGCAUGAGCCAAGUAGUGGUGGAUUUGAGGGAGUGUUUGGCAACAGAAUGUGCUCGAACUAAUCAUAGCCGUGUAGCUGAAUUGGAUAAUUCCAAUGCGUUAAUGGUUGACAAUUCGAUCGUUAGGCUAACUCCCUCCGUGAGGUAG